AACAAACGUUACUGUUCUUAUUAUCUUCCUUCCUGUCUUUCUAGCCAAGAGCCCCAUGGCCCCCACCACAGACUUCAUGGAGCAUAGCUCCCUCCUGACUCCCAAAGAGAAAAACAAACUGAGAAAGCCGGUGGUGGAAAAGAUGCGCCGGGACCGCAUCAACAGCAGCAUCGAGCAGCUGAAGCUGUUACUGGAGAAGGAGUUUCAGAGACACCAGCCCAACUCUAAACUGGAGAAGGCGGACAUCCUGGAGAUGACCGUCAGCUACCUGAAACAGCAGAGCCACCUGCAGGGCAAAGCUCCAGGCUCGAUCCCCAGAAGCCUGCAGACAGACUUCAAGGAGGGCUAUGCCCGCUGCCUACAGGAAGCUUUCCAGUUCCUCUCCUUCCACAAGGCACAGACGGACACCCAGACCAAGCUGCGCAGCCACUUCCAGAAAAACUCCCCGGCAGCCCCUGAAGGACUGGCCCCCUCCUUCCCUGCUCCUGGCCCUGGGAAGCAGGCCGCCCUCAAAGGUCCUCCUAGUCCUCUGUGGCGCCCCUGGUAGACCGACUGAUGCUGGCCAUUUCGAGGUUUUUCACUCCAGAGGAAGGUGGCUCCUGGGUGACCUCCUCUUUUCAGUAGGGAAUAUUAGUUCCCCUUUAAUUUAUGUGUGAAGAGAAUGGAAUACAUGAACUUUGGGCAGUGGACAGAGUCCUGGACUAGGAGUCAGCAGGCCUGGACUCCAAUCUCCACUUCUGCCACCUACUUACUAUGUGACCUUGGGCCAGUCACUUCCCUUCUCCACCUCAGCUCUGAGGUCUCUUCCAGCUUGAAGGGAAAGGAGUCCCAUAUUCUGUUGAGGGUAUAGGACUGUACAUAGAUGUGUCUUCAUAAUGAAGGAGCUUUAAUGGGCGGGAAGGGGCAAGGGCAGGGAGUGGGAGAGGAAAAGGGAUAUCUGUUUUGUAUGUUACAACUGUAGUAAGAUUGUUAAUCUUUUAAGUGCAGAGAUUGGGGGUGGGCAUGGGUGAGAAUUCUCUGACUUAUGUAAGAGCUUUGUGGCUUUGCAUCCAGUUUUCUUGCUCUCCUUUCCUUCCCCCCACGCCCUCGUUCAAGAGAAGAAGCCCUUUCUGGGACCUGAGCUAGGUCUCUAGGGCUCAAAUCAUCUCUCUGAGUCCUGGGUUAGUAAUUUGGAACCCUCUGAUCUGCUGGUGAGUUAUUCUCUCCAGGGAGGCAAAGGGAGCUAGGAAUGUCAGACCAUGGACAGGGAAUGGAUGCUUCUAUAGGGUAGCUGCUUUAUUUUUCUAUUUGUGAAAAGAAUGGGGAUCACUUUAUAUUAAAGGAAAUGUAGGGUUUGGGGGUGGAGGGUGGGAGACUGUGGUUUGAAUGUAAUACAUUUGGAGGGGCUGGUCCUUCUGAAAAAUCACUGCUGCCAGCCCCAAAGUGCUUGCAUCAUCCAGGGUGCGUGUGAUGCCCUGCCCCUUGUCUGGCAUCGGGUGUGCCAGGCAUCAGGGCUGCUGGGUGCAUACUGUGUAUGCUUGGGUAUAUUUGUACCAGAUAAUCAUGGUAAAGUUAAAUAAACAUGCAUGAUUUUUCA